UUUCAGUAGAGGACUUUUGAAAGUAAGCAGUUAAAAAUUGCGAAAUAAAAAAAAGGAUUAAUUUUACUCCUGUAAUUAGUUUGAAAAAGUUUAAAGAUGGAUAAAUUUAGGAAAUUCAGCCACUUUUGAAAACACUUUUGCGCUGACGCGAUUCUUAUCCAAUCUCAUAUUUAAGCUAGCUUAUUUUCGAAAGACUUACUCUAUUCUCGCCGGUGUAACUGGGUCCUCUCGCAAUAACGUUUUUCGCUUAUUAUUUUUAAUUUCCUGUGUUUAUUUUUUGAAAUAAAAGUUUGAACUAUACUGAGCGAACUAUACAUAAUAUCCACGCGAUUAUCAGUAAUAACUGCGCCAUGAACGAGAAUAUUUUGGAACCAGAAAAGUGCCUUGAAAUCAUUAAGAAAAAAAUGUGUUUGGAUUCUGUGAACGGUUUUUCCUAUACCUAUGAAUUUAAACCUUCAAAGGAAUCUUCAGGGUUAUUGGGACAGUACUUCAAUCUGAAAGUGAGACUUGUAAAACGAAACUCAUCAGAAGUAAAAAAAUUAAAUUUUUUUAUCAAGAUGUUACCGAAGAAAGGAGUUCAAUAUAAUUUUAUCAAAGCGUGUGGAUUCUUUGAAAUAGAACUUGGCCUCUACGAGAAAAUAUUUCCAAAAAUUUUGACAUCAAAGGAGACAAACCUAGUUCCUGAAUGCUUUCUGUGUCAAAAAGAUCAUGUUCUCGUUUUUGAAGAUAUGAGCCUUCAAGGAUACAGGGUGCUGGAUAAGUUUCAGUAUCUUCAGCUGGAUCAGUUUUUAAUUAUUGUGAAACAUCUUGCACGAUUUCACGCCAGAUCAUUAAUUUUUGAAGAGAAGAACAGGGAAACAGUCAUGCAGUUGUGUCAUGCAAAUGAAGUUUUAAUUAACAAAAAUGAUGGGAACUUAAAAUCAAAUCUGAACAAGCGUUUUAAAAAUGUAACUUCUAUGGUGGACUUACUCACUGAUAUUGACUUUGGAAAGAAGGAGGAAUGCAAAGCUAAAAUUUCUAGGAUUUCUUCUCAUCAUUAUGAAAAGUCUGCUUCUUCAACCAAGUUCAGAAAUGUUUUGUGUCACCGUGAUUUGUGGAACAGUAAUAUCUUGUUCAAAAAUAAUGAAAAUGGAAACGAUGACCAUUGUUGUUUCGUCGAUUUUCAACUGGCAAGAUACUGUCCUCCUGCCUACGAUCUACUAUAUUUUCUCUAUUGUACAACCUCAAGGAAUUUUAGAAAGGAACACUCCACUGAAAUUUUAUUUUCGAAAUAUUAUGACACUUUGACUGAAUCUUUGAAAGAAGCGAAAAUAGAUUUAAGUGCAAGUUUUUCUUGGAAUGAUUUCAUAGAGUCAAUGGCAGAAAUUAAAUUAAGUUGCAUGGUACAUGGCUUUUCAAUCAUGUCUAUGUGUUUUCUUGGACCUGAUGCAUCAGUUCAGAUUAGAGAUGAAUCAGUGUCGGCGUCUCAAAUUGUGUGUGAAGAAUUUAGGGAAAAUGAAAAAUGUAGGCUGCUUUCCGUUUACCAUCCGACAGCCUCCGUGAAUGCGUACAGCAAUAUGCAGCCAUGUUUCUGCGCGGCAGUCUGCGUAGCCGUCGUCUUUUUACGCGGAAAGGCGACUGCGCAUUGCUGUGCGCAUUCGCGGAAGCUGGCGAACGGCAAACUGAACGCAGCGCUAGACGAAGAGACAGGCGAAUGGCGAAAACUGCACAAUGACGAGCUACAUGCUCUUUACGGUGCACCUAAUAUUUUAAGAGUAAUGAAAGCAAGAAAGCUUAGAUGGGCGGGACAUGUAGCUAGAAUGGGCAACGAUAGAUCGGUAGCGCAAAUCAUGCAAGGGAAACCGAAUAGUAAGAGACCACUGGGAAGGCCGAGAAUCAGGUGGAGGGAUAAUUUAAAAAAAGAUUUGGUAGAACUAGGAUAUGAUUAUAAUGAGUGGAUGGAUGAUGCACAUGAUAGAGACGCGUGGCGGUCUCGGGUAGAUGAGGCAAUGAACUUUCGAGUUCCAAAUGCUGAUAAAUAA